AUUCUGUCUCUUAUAGCUGUUAUUUGUGAAGAAAUUGUGGACAACUGCAUCAAGUGUGGUGGACUUUACUUCUUUGAAUUCACAAGCUUCACUGCCUUUCUUUUGAGCGUCCUAAUCCUCUGUGUGUAUUGCACUGAUGUAUAUGAAACACUGGGGGAAGAUAAAGUACAGAGACUGAAUUUUUAUGCCGCGCUAGGCAUAGGUGCCUGUUUUCUGUUGGCAUCAAUAGUGCUUGCUGCGACCAGCUCUGACUUGGGUGCUGAAAAGGCUGCAUAUGCAUUUGGAUUUCUCGCAAGUGUUGCAUUUCUGGUUGAAUUUUUUAUGGAGUGUUUUCACAGGCAAAAACAAAACGCUGAUGGACGCUCUGAAAAUCCUGCUGCCACUCCAAGUGCCACAGAAAAUCAGCCAUUGAAUAAACAAGGCUAA